UCUUGGAGUUAAGCUUGCAAUAUUUGCAGCUCAAGAAUGGACAGGAAGCAUGGAAAAUAUGUAGUGAGUAUGGAACAUCCUGGAAAACAGUCAUCAAGCACUUGUACAAAUGGCCAGGAAGCUCAUCAUCACACAUGUUGGUGUCCAUCUUCAAAUGAUGUAACUGGAAAUGUAUCUUCUAACUUGUCUGGAGUCUUGGUGAGCCCAGGAAUCCUUUCACAUUCAGAAUGUCAAUCCCCAGAGCCAUACAGCACACAGGUGGCUGGAAAUAGUUGUGGUGACUGGUCCCUGUGGAAAGUCUUCCUGGCUAGUCUAUUAGCCUCUAUGCUAACAACAGCGAUUGGGGUACUCACACUGAGCCUGGCGAAUAGAAACAAUUCCCCCAUUGUUAUCUACUUACCCUCCAACACUGAAGCACCUACAGUUACUCCUGGAACAACCUCUACUACUUCUCAAAACAUGGUGGCCACUUCCACAGGGUCUACAACCGCCAUGACAUCCCCUGAAACAACAGCCACAACAGCCACAACAGCCACCACAACUUCUACUGAGCCAGCAAGGACAUCCACUUCAACCCAGCCAACAACCUCCGCAGCAUCCACUGAAAUGAGUGCCACAACGGCCAUGGCCAUGACUUCAACUCCACCUAUAACCACAACAGCCACUCCCAUGACUUCAUCUGGAUCCAUGAGUACAGCUGCCUCAACCCAGCCCACAACCUCUGGAGCCCCCACUGAAACGUCAGCCACAACCAUGGAUUCAACUCAGCAUUUAACCACAUCAUCUACAGCUUCAAGUGAAACCACAUCCACCACCAGUGUUACAGAAACCAAUGUAUAA